AGGUAUCGAAGUCUUAAACAUGGAUUUUGGACACCCUCCUCCGAAUAUGGGGAUGCCUCCACCCGGCAUGGGUGGCCCAAUGGGCCCACCCGGUCGUAACAACAUUCGCCAUAAUUUUAGACCUUUCAACUAUCAAAUGCGAUUCCCGCCUCAGGGUCCCCUAAAUAUGACUCAAGACGACUUUGAUGAUGAACAUCGCCCGAUGGCUGUAUUGGCUGGUAUCGAUUUCACUUUGCUGGGCGAGUCAGUACGACAACGGCGGUGAUAAAAAUGCUCUGACUACAUCCGGCACCAGCGAAAAUACUACCGUUCGUCUUGAAGCAAUCGAAGGGACACCUAAUUAUAAGUUAAUAAAAUCAGAGAAGGGUACACAAUGGUUUCCGGAAAGAGAGAUAAAACUCAACAGCUGCGUGAGAAGAGCUCAGUGUGAACCUCUCAACAAAACAACAUGCCUAGGAGUAAAGCUACCUUACAACAGAACUAGCGUCCGCCUCACGUUUUUCGACAAUCAAUACCAAAUACAAAAUCAGUUGGAAUUGUACAGGGAACUGAUAAAUGUGCCAAAAUGUUGGGCCGUCAUACAACCCUUACUCUGUGCAACAUUCAUGCCGAAUUGCGAAAGAAUAUUGGAUCAAGAUAUGGUCCACUUACCUUCAUAUGAAAUGUGUAAAAUUACUAUGGAACCGUGCUCUAUUCUGUAUAAUACAUCUUACUUUCCAUCGUUCCUAAAAUGCAACGCUACUUUGUUCCCACCCAAAUGCGAGAAUGCAGCUAGGGAGAUGAAAUUCAAUACAACUGGGAAGUGCUUACCGCCCUUAAUACAUACGGACAAGAAAUUGCAUUUUUAUGAAGGCGUGUCGGGCUGCGGGCUGCCGUGCCGCGACCCGCUGUACACGGAGGACGAGCACCAGCAGAUCCACCGGCUGGUGGCGUGGGGCGCGGGCGCGUGCCUGGCGCUCAACCUGCUCACGGUGGGCACGUUCCUCAUCGACUGGCGCAGCGCCAACAAGUACCCCGCGCUCGUCAUCUUCUACAUCAACGUCUGCUUCGCUGUCGCCUCCAUGGGAUGGUUGGUGCAGUUCGGUGUAGGAUCGAGAGAUGACAUAGUUUGUUCAAAGGAUGGGACCCGAAGACAAGGUGAACCUUCAGCAGAAGAAAAUUUAUCUUGUGUCGUCGUUUUUGUUUUGGUAUAUUAUUUUAUGAUCGCAGCUUGUGUUUGGUUUGUGAUAUUCACCUACGCGUGGCACAUGAGCUUUAGAGCACUGGGUAAAAUUCAAGACCGAAUAGACAAGAAAGCAGCUUAUUUUCACCUAGUGGCUUGGUCUUUGCCGCUCAUCCUAACCAUAACGACAAUGGCCUUCGGUGAAGUUGAUGGGAAUAGUGUGACUGGAGUUUGCUUCGUUGGUUAUGUCAACCAUCCCAUGAGAGCGGCUAUGCUUUUGGCACCACUUUCCAUUGUUCUGCUAUUAGGAGGAUAUUUUUUACUCAGAGGUGUCUUCUCGUUGGUAGCCGUGCGUGUCUCCAGUAAGGACGUGAUAUCCACUCGGGCUGCAAAUAAAAUUCGUCAAACUAUCACACGCUGCUCGCUCACCGCUGCUCUAGUUGCUGUCUUCAUUUGCGUCACCUUCGCCUGCCACGUCUACGAGUUCCGUAACGCCGAGUCUUGGAAGGAAGCCUUUAAGAAAAAUAUCAUCUGCCGGCUGGAGGCGCUCAAGGAGGGCGCGGCGCGCGAGUGCGGCGCGGGCGCGCGGCCGUCCGUGUCGGUGCUGCAGCUGCGCCUGCUGUGCUGCUUCGCGGCCGGCGCGCUCAUGGCGUCGUGGACCUGGACGCCGGCCGCCGCCGCCGCCUGGCGCCGCUACAUGGCCAAAAAAUGCGGGUGCUCAGUAGAAGCGGACAUGACUCGCCGCGCCCGCAAGCACGAGCUGAUCGCGCGCGCAUACAAACGCCGCAACGAGUUUAUAACGCGCGGGCGACUGUCCAUCUCGCUGGGCGGCUCGCGACAGGAUCCCGUGGGCUUCUGUCUGGACAACACCUCGCCCAUUGACUACCCCGACGAUGGCAAACACGAAAGCGCAUGUUGGUUGCGCAGCGGCGAGCUGUCGUCGUCGUGGGCCGCCAACCUGCCGCGCUUCGUGCGGCGCCGCGACGCGCUCGUGCUGCCCGCGCACCACCACUCGCUCAGCUCCACGCCCGACCGCCGCAACUCGCAGGACUCGCAGAUAAGCAUCAGCUUACGCCACGUCUCGGUCGAAUCCCGUCGAAACUCCCUCGACAGCCAACUCUCGGUGAAAAUAGCCGAAAUGAAAACCAAAGUUGGCCGUCGACGCCCAAAACACAGUAAGGCUAAACGAAAGCGGGCAUCCGUCCGCAAGGAGAGCACUCCGUCCAUCGAGAGCCAGAUAAGUCGGUAUUGGUUGCAAGCUGUUGCGGCUAAUAAUGACCCUUCUCGCGAAGAAGUCAAGUUCAGCUUCGAUUGACUAUAAAGUUAUUUUGAACGAUGAUAUUAUACAUCUAGACACAUUAAGUUUUCAAACAAUACGGCAAUGAUACAUAAUAUUGAUGUAUGAUACAUAUUUUUUACACAAGAUAUAACCUAUAUAAUUGAGUCUCAAUAUAUUUACCGUCUUAUUGCUUAAAAAUAAGAUACGUAAGCGUUUUUUCUCCUCAUAAAUGACAUAAGAAAUAACUAUUUCUUUGAAUAAUAGGGUUGUAACAUUUUGAUGACUAAAAAAUAAAAGGAUACCUGCUCGUCUUUCUUCGGAUAGCUAAUUGAGUGCUUAGAAAGUAUCUGAAAAUAACAUUGGUUUAAGAAAUAACUCAUCAAAAUAAUUAAAAUAUCUAUCUAUAGCCUAUUCCAACCACAAGAGGAGUAAACCCAAAUAAACAACUUGCCACCGAAUUGACGCGAUAUCAUUUUUCGAGAUCUUGAAUAAUCUAUGAUAUUCACUAUGGAUUCGCGAAAAAAUUGCGUUUUUAAUGUCCGCGAACUUGUAAUCAGAACGAAAGUUAAAUUAAUGUGGUUAUAAGUAGUUAAGUGGACUAUUCCACUAACACUAGUGUUGUAUUGUUAAAUUAAUCAAGAACUGUUUGCAGUGCAUAAUACAGCAGAACAAUUAUCAAAUCGCAUGCAAUUUGUAAAUCUACAGUUUGUUUACCUUUACUCCUAUUUCGAUUGGAAUAGGUAUAUGUAUAUAUUUAAAAACUAUGUAUGAUUCAUAAUAACUUCAACUUAUUGAAUAUAGUUUUUCUUUGAAGAGUAAGAACGUGGAUACAUAUUAUGAACCAGUGCUACUAAAAAGUUGUGAUGCAUUUGCAGUGAAUAGAUUUUUUAUAUGAUUAAAAAGAAACACUGACAUAUCAUUUUUAUACUGAUCUCGAUUUUUGACAACUCCUGUAUUUACUUUCAAAAAUAAUAUAAGGAAUUGGUAAUAAAUAAAAUGAAAACGUACCUUUAAAUAUAUGCAGUGCUGCUAUUUUUCGAACAUGAUGUUGAUUUUUACAAUUAAAUAUAAUAUUUUUUACAAUUAAAUAGUAUAUAAGGCAAUAACAGUUCAAAUGUGAAUUUGUAUUAAUCCAAAGGUUAUACAGUAGAUGAUUUUUUUUAAUUAAGUAUGUUUACAUUAUGUCACUUGUAAUUUUAGUUUGAUCUGAUGAUUUAUUGAUUAAAAUUAAUGUAAAUUAAAUAUACUUUAUUAUUAAAUAAGACUGAUUGGAAUCUCUUAAAAAACAGCUAACUAGGUUUUUGGCAUUCUUGCAUUUAUUUCGCCGUCGAUUUUACAAUGACUUUUGCACCGGUAUUAAGAUUAAAGGAAAUAUUGUCUAUUAGUAAUGACAUCGUAUAUGUAAUAAUUAAAAUCCAUGACAUUGUUAUUUAGUAAAAAACUUGUAUUAGUAGUGUUACGAAUUUGUGCCAUAUAUUUGGUUCGUCGAUUUAAGAUUCAAAGUUAAAAAAUAAACAAUAUAUUAAUUUGUAUCAAUUAUACAAUGUUACAAUAAUUGUUCAUAUUGGAUAAGCAUGUGUAACUUUAUAAUUUCAACUGUACAAAAUAUGGUUGUGAAUAUACAUUUUAUAUCAUCUAUUGUGAUGAGGCUAAGUGGCAGAUAUUUUAAACGUGUGCUAAUUCGCCAUUUGUAACCUGUCAAGAUUACAAAAAUAUCAGUUCUUCCGCAAUUUUUAAUAAUAAGCAGAAAUAAUAAUAUUGUGUAAGUCUGUGCUAGCUUUAAAUAUAAUUUUAUGUGCGUAUGUUUUUACCAAUCAUUUACAUUUAUUUAAGUUUAAUAAAAUAUUUCUAAGAUAAA